AUGAGUCGACGACAAGGCUCCACUACCUCGUCAAGUUCUAGUGGGGUAAAGAUUGGCAGAGUAACAAAUGUCUCACGCGAUGAAUCAGUAGACAAUCGAAAGUCCCUAUCUGACAGAAACUCUCAAAAUGCAAGUAUCAAAGAGGUGAUUGCACCAAUGGAAGCCAGCGAACCUCGAUCUAGCGGGACGAAGUACAACGAUACGUCCAGCGUCAGGUCCAGUGGCAGUGACAGUAUCAGUAAUGACAGUCUCCGGGACAGUUUCGAAAUUCUCCAUGAAGAGCCGGUAAAUGAGGAAUUGUUGAAAGAUGUGAUGAAAAUUGUAAAAUUCAAUGAAGACAAGGUUAAAGAGGAGAAGGACAUGGCUAAAUUACUAAAAGAUGGUGUUGAAAAGAGGCAUGGAAAACACUGGCAAGCUAUCGUUGCUUACACAAAUCUGGGCUGCAAUGUUGAGCAUGAGGUUAAAACAUUUGUUUACUUGCGGAAAAAUAAUCGUAUAUACAUCCUCUUUCGUACGCCCAUAUCUGAGUAG